AUGGCCCACAAGAAGAAGAAGCCAGCGUUACCAUCUCCAAAGAAUACGAAGAACAUCAAGCAAAAGACUAUCGCUGGUAGGUUGCUUCGUCCAUAGUCUACCUCCUCUAUCUCGUAUCUCAUAACUAAUGAGUAUUGAAGCGCAACCCAAACUAGAUGGGUUACCUAACGAGCUACUCUUCCAAAUCUUUGAGCACCUUAAUCCUGUUCAUGCAACUUGUGCUGGCCUCACAUGUAAGACACUCUGGGUAAUCCGCAAUAGACCUAGUCGCCUCAGCCCUCGAAGCUAUUUCUCUACGCAGACUACAUUUCUCUCGACCCAAACGAAUUCAGUGUCGAAGAAUUUCGGUCCAGCGACGACGAUAGCCAUCGCAGCCCAUUUGCAUCGCAGAGACUGGGUUGGGAUCAACAACCCCCGCGUACUUAUGGCUAUUCUCACCACUUCAUACCCUCAGACUCAUACAAUGGAAAAUUCUUUCUGUGUUCUCUCCUCCACAAUUGGAUGGGUAAAGCGAAUUAUGUCUACGAUAAAGACAAAAGGAUAUUUGUGCUGA